AUGACGGAGGCCAUUUGUCGAAGAGAAGAUUACUCGGCAAGAGAUUGGCUGAUGGAGAUCACUGUUGCUGUGUCAGUUUCUGCUGAUUGUAAAUCAGCCCCUCUAGGAACUAAUGAUAGCAACAGUGGACAAUCCAUCAAAUGCCGUCGAAUGGGCACCUACAGAGAUGAUAAAUCAGCCCCAGACUAUUCAAAAAAGCCAUAGAAGAACUAGACAGAGUGCUUGGAAAAGAGAAACUAGUUGGUGACUGGUGGUUGAUCGCCUGAGUGGUGGUUGAUCGCUGAUUGCUGAUCGUUGGUGGUUUAUCGCUGAGAGUGAGUGGUGGCUGGUCAUUGGUCGCCUAACUGUGAA